AUGAGGCUACCACAGCUACUAUACGGCCGCAUCUUUAUGCGGACGAAGGCUAUGCUAACGUCUCCAGCAUCUAUUCCUUUUUUGGAAACUUCUGCUCCCGUGCUGAAGAAAUCGCCCGAGGGAAAGAGACUUGUCCGUGAGUUCCUCACUCGACCAGGCUUGAUAGGUGUGAAAAGAGGAAUGGUAUCAUUCUAUAACGAAGCCACCGGAGAAAAGUAUCCUGCUACAGUACUCGAAAUUGAUCAGGUUGAGGUUGUGCACAACAAGACUCUUAGCAAGGACGGCUACAUUGCAGCACAAGUUGGAUACGGGUUCAAGGUGAAAAAUCAGACGAAGUCGCUGUUGGGACACUAUGCCACUGCUAAGGUUUCGCCUAAGGAGAAGCUCGUGGAAUUUCAGCUAAGAGAGGAGUCGCAACUGCUCCCUGUGGGAACUCAGUUGAAGGCUGAUCUAUUUGAGAUUGGCCAGCUUGUGGAUGUCCAGGGAGUGACCAAAGGUAAGGGAUUUGCAGGUGUCAUGAAGCGUUGGGGCUUUUCUGGUUUGCCAGCCUCUCAUGGUGUUUCCCUGGCUCAUCGUUCUGCUGGUUCCACGGGUCAGAACACCUCGCCCGCAAGAGUGUUGCCAGGAAAGAAGAUGGCAGGAAGAAUGGGCGCCAUCCACAACACUAUUAAGAACCUGGAGGUACUGGAUUGUAGUGCCGAAAACGGAUAUAUCGUGGUCAAGGGCCAUGUGAGUGGUCCAAAGGGAAGUUACGUCAAGAUUCAGGACGCGAAAUCGACGCUGCGCCCUUGA